AUGAAGCGGUCACAGUCAAGUGACCCACUGCCAACCAGUCAGGAUUCAAAAUUUCCAAAUAUCGUUAAGGGCAAUCUGCUGUGCCUUAGCACUAGCAAAGGCACCGUCAACGGGGGAAGAAGCUGUAACUCUCCUUUUCCUCCUCCCUUCCAGCUUGCUGCAUUAGAGAGGCAAGUGUUCGACUUCCUGGGCUACCAGUGGGCCCCCAUCCUAGCCAACUUCCUCCACAUCAUCAUCGUUAUCCUUGGCCUGUUUGGCACUAUUCAGUACAGACCUCGCUACAUAGUGGUGUAUGCCAUCUGGACUGCAAUUUGGGUCACCUGGAACAUCUUCAUCAUCUGCUUUUACUUGGAAGUGGGAGGGCUCUCAAAGGACAGUGAACUCUUGACAUUCAACAUCUCCCGGCACCAGUCAUGGUGGAGUGAAAACGGUCCUGGCUGUGUAAGGAAGGAGGCUUCAGUGCCUGGCAUCAAAGGGCUGGACAGCCAUUCCUACGUCUCUGUGAUAGGCUGUGCCCUGGAGUACCGCUACAUCGAGGUCAUGCACAGCUCCUUCCAGAUCCUGAUCGCGCUGGUGGGCUUUGUCUACGCCUGUUACGUUGUUAGUGUUUUUACAGAAGAAGAAGACAGCUUUGAUUUCAUUGGUGGAUUUGAUCCAUUUCCUCUCUACCAUGUCAAUGAAAAACCCACCAACCUUUUGUUCAAGCAGACAUACCUGCCUGCAUAAAUAAAGAGGAGCUAGAGGAUGGAUAAACCUUGCACUCCACCAUCAAAGGUGCUGCAGGAAACAAUCCCCUGUGGCCUGGAUCUUUGGCAGAGGAAAUGCAGGAUGGUGAACUCCAUUCCAUUUUUUGUUCCUUGUCUUCUUUUCAAAUGCAAUGAAUGUACAUUGAAGAAUGGCCAUGUGGUUGGUUUUUAAUUCUCCAAGUGCCCUGACAAACCAUUUCUACCGUAGCCUGGUGGUACUAGCCAAUAAAUGGCACAGGCCUGAAGACCUCAGGCAGAACAAGUUCACUGAGAGCCUCUCUCAAGAGAUAAAGUUGAAGUCAGAGCUGCUUCCUUGUGCCAUGGAUCCAUAAAGAAGGAAGCACUGCAUAACACCCCGGGACAUUUCAUGUUUUGUAGUUAGCUUCUUCCCCUUCUCCUUUCCCUUGUUCGGAAAAGAGCCUAAACCCCUAACACAACUUCAUCUUCUCCCUGCCUCUACAGAACUAGGUGGGGGCUAUUUACAUUUGAGUUAUUUAGGCUUUUUUUUAAAAAAAAAAAAGUUAUAGAUGAAAGCUCUUCCCUUCUUCCCC